UUUCCUUAUGCCUCUUGCUGGUGGCUGAGUAAGACUGAGUUACUCACUAGGCAUGGCUUCCCAGCCUCAGGGGGGAAAAACAGUUUUAGAUGUCCAGACCUGGGAGCAGACAUUUCAAGAGCUGAUGCAGCAGGAGAAACCCCGGGCCAGAUGGACCCUGAAGCUGGAUGAGAAACUGGAGCCGGACUGCCUUGCCGCAGGCUGGAUGCAGUACCAGCAGAAAGGAUUUGGCAGCCUUCUUCCUUCUGUCUGCAGGUUCCAGUGUUCCUCAUGCCAGCGAAAUUGGGCUUCCGCUCAAGUGCAUAUCCUCUGUCACAUGCACCUGGAGCCCCAGAAGUCCCAGGGCCAGGUGAUUAUGCGGCUCUUUGCUCAGAGGUGCCAGAAGUGUUCCUGGUCUCGAUUUGAGAAUCCUGAGUUCUCCCCAGAGAGUGCCAUGCGAAUCCUGAAAAACGUGGUAAGGCGUAUUCUGGAGAAAUUCUACGGGAACGGCUUUAGGAAGUUUCCGGAGCUACCAAUCAUCCGGGAGGUGCCUUUGGAUGGGUCCCAUGACACAAAAAAUUGUGAAGCAUGCACCCUGGGCUGCUGUUUAUGGAGGUCACGAAGCAACGUGACAGAGCCAUCAAUAUCCCCAUCCUCCUUUAUGGAUAUUAGGAGUUCCUCUUGUCACAUUGGUGACGUGUCUGGCCAAAACCAGGAGUGUGGGUCUAACUAUAUCUUGAAGGAGUCAGGGUCCAGCCAUACCACUGCUGAGACCCAAGCUCCUGGAGCAGGGCCUCAGCCCAAAGGGGAGACUAGUAGACCGCCCACCCCAAUGGCAGAUAGGGAGGCCACACAGGAAAAUUCACAACCCACACAGGAGACAGCACCACAGACACCCUGGAGGACAUACUCUGAGGCUUUAAGGAUGGCCCGCCAACAGUCUACACAGCAGUCAUUCUCACAAGCCACAUGGACCAUGCCAAGGAUAAUCUCGACGUCUACAAUAGGGUCAUACCCUCAGACUAGAGGAAGAACAGCCCCCUCUACACUAGGGUCACACCUACAGCUUACACGGAGGACAGCUAGGGGCCUCGUGAUCCUCAGUAGAACUCAAGCUACCUGGAGACGUUCAUCCAGAUACUCCGUUCCAAACACCCAUCACAUAUACCCUCAUUCAGUGCAACGAGAUGUAUUCUUUGACCUGGAUAUAUUUUUCUACUUCUGGAUCUGUAUUAUUUUGUUCUUUGUCUUUGUAGGCAAAUAUUCAGAAGCAGAAAAAGGGAAAUAAGUUUAUUUUCUUUUCUUCUGUCUUAAUUCCAUGGUAAUCAAUGAACUGGUUACCAUUUAUUUUUAUUUUUUAAAGAUUUUAUUUUAUUUGACAGAGAGAGAGAGACAGCGAGAGAGGGAAC